AUGAAUUCGAACAGUUCCGGAUUUUUCACAUCUAACAACACAUUUGGGAACAGUUCUGAUAACCUCUCGACGGCACACAACCAACAUAUCCCUGACCUGCACAGCCAUACUGCUUCGUCGCCCAUGCAUGAUUCACAGCCCGCAAUAGACACCACCAGUUCGGAUAGCACGGGCGGGGAUUUGAAUGAAACGAAUAUCUCGUCAAUGCUGAACAACUUCUCGCUGGGGUUAAACGCUUCGCAACAGGAAUUGCCAACCACGACUUACUCGCUCAAAAUAAGCCGGUUACCCAGGGAUAUCAGUGCUAGAGAACCUUACGCACUAUUUGCGUUGGCGGAAGGUAUACUAUGUGUUGAACUACACCCUAAGGAUGAGGAGAGAACAAACGUUGGGAACACAGACAUUUUGGAUACCGAGACGUUUAUAAUAGCAAAAUUCGAGUCUUUGCCACUUGCGGUGAGGUAUGCCAAUACACUAAAUGAGAAGCUGGAACUGUUUGGGCCGAGCUUUCCUUUCAAGAGUCACAUCGAGCUGAUAGACGAAUCUAACAGGAAACAUAUUCCCUUCCAAACGAUGCUUGCGCCGGGCUCGUACGAUAGACCCAACUCUCAACAGCAGACUUUGCCUGGCAAUUCCCUAGGUAGCAAUGCCAGACCCCAAUUAUCUGGACAGCGGUCUCGGUUCUCCUUCAGUGAUCCAUUCUCUUUGGAGGCCGGCCAGCCCUUGGAACAAGGGACGCACCAAAUCAAGUCUUCCUCUAUGAGCCACGCGCAAACGACAGAUUUAGGUCUCAAAACAAGAGAUUUAGGCAAGUCGUUGCUGUUGAUGGAAAACGAUGAAAUCAACGAUAACAUUUGGGGACCCUCUGGCAUCAACACUUUCUCCAACACACCACAACCUCCCACGCCGACGAUGCCAUGGUCGUCUGGUCCACCAUCAACAACGGGGAGAAGACAAAGCUCCGUAUUCUUUUUGCCAUCUGCAGGUGGCUCCACCAUUCAACCACCGCUCUCCAAUCUGGACAUGCAGCAGUCAAUGCAGAUGAACAACAUGCCUAAUACAAUAUCGGGGUCCACAUCUUCAAUGAACGCUUAUGGAUUAAUGAACCAAAUGCCGCCACAGAACCAGAACCUCAGUCAACAGAUGAACCCUAUGCUAGGUGCUGUGAACGAAAUGAAUGGUGGGGCAGGUCAAGGUUUUAAUUCGCAGUCCCAUUUGUCGAACAUUCAAAAUGUUACGCCACACAAGAACAAGCUACCCGCUUCUGGGAACAGACCGAUCCCGAGCCAUGGUGCCUCCACCCCUCCAAAUAAUGUAUCCCAUGGGCCAAUAGAUUUAACGUCCAUGGGCAGUGGUAUGAAACCGGCAACAAAUCCAUCCGUUGCUCCAGCAAACGUCGCAGGCUCGUCAACCAUGUCACAGGCGGACUUAUCAUUGCUAGCCAAGGUCCCACCUCCAGCGAACCCUGCUGACCAAAAUCCACCCUGUAAUACGUUGUAUGUGGGUAAUCUGCCACCUGACGCCACUGAACAAGAAUUGAGACAUCUGUUUUCCGCUCAACAGGGAUUCAGAAGACUGUCUUUUAGAAACAAAAACGGUAACGGCAACGGUCAUGGACCUAUGUGUUUUGUUGAGUUUGACGAUGUCAGUUUUGCGACAAGAGCAUUGGCCGAAUUGUACGGCAGCAAACUUCCAAGGUCGACAAUCAGCAACAAAGGCGGUAUAAGAUUGAGCUUUUCCAAGAAUCCACUUGGUGUUAGGGGCCCCAACAGCAAACGCAACUUAAAUACGCCCACUAACACUGGGACGAGCCCCAACAACUCCAUUCAGCAUCAAGGACCUCCAGCAGGGAACGCGCUAAACAACGUCAAUUAUAGCUACACACUUGGAUACACCAAGAGCACAUAA